UUCAGUCGAGCGUCGUUACCGAACUGGGAAAGUCGGUCCAACUGUAGUCCGCAGUCAGCUCGUCAGCUCGCAGCUCUCUCGUCUUGUCGGGUGUACAGUACAGCUUGCUACUACCGCCCGCCCUACCGCCCGCCCGCCGCCGCCAAUCGCCCGCUCCCCCCGGCGCUGGUGUGCCCGCUGCUCUGCUUACACAAUAACUGUGCAUCGAUUGAGUCCAGCUAGGAGAGGAGGAGGAAGCAGCAGCAGGACAACCGAGUCCGAGCUCGAACCAAAAAUAUAAAAAAAACAAAAAAAUAUUAAAUAGAUUAAGAAUUGAAAAGUGAUCAGUAUUUGUUGUUUCGAAUCGUAUCGAAUCGAAUCGGUAUCAGUGCAAAAACAAGUUUCAAUACUGCUAACGGGGUAGUUUUCUGCGAAAGCCCCCAAAACAGAAUUCGCAACGCCAAGUGCAAAAAUUGUGUAAUAGCAGCCGACGUGUAAAAGUUUGGAGUUUUAGUUGUUUUUUCGUUUUUAUUCUUGUUACUUGUUAAGUUUUAUUUGUUCGUUUGCAUUUUUGUCGCCUGUUCAUCGCACAGCUUGAACAGGAAUCCGCACCAUCCGCACCAUGAGUGCCCAGCAAGGGAGAACGGACUCUUAUCGAGUCGCCACGGUUAUAGCGACCGAUGACGACAAUCGCACGGCCGAUGGUCACUACAAGUCAAGACGCAAGAUGCCGGCCAAAGCAGCAAAGAAAGAGAAUUUGGAUGAUCUCAAACAGGAGUUGGAUAUCGACCAUCAUAAAAUCUCUCCUGAGGAAUUGUAUCAGCGCUUUCAGACACAUCCCGAGAAUGGUCUGAGUCACGCCAAGGCCAAGGAGAACUUGGAGCGCGAUGGUCCCAAUGCGCUGACGCCACCCAAGCAGACACCCGAGUGGGUGAAGUUCUGCAAGAACCUGUUCGGUGGCUUCGCCAUGUUGCUGUGGAUCGGUGCUAUUCUCUGCUUCGUGGCCUAUUCGAUCCAGGCCAGCACCAGCGAGGAGCCGGCCGACGAUAAUUUGUAUCUGGGUAUUGUACUUUCCGCUGUCGUCAUCGUGACGGGCAUUUUCUCAUACUAUCAGGAAUCGAAAAGUUCUAAGAUCAUGGAAUCGUUCAAGAACAUGGUACCCCAGUUCGCCACCGUCAUCCGCGAGGGCGAGAAACUCACGCUGCGCGCUGAGGAUCUCGUCCUGGGCGAUGUCGUUGAGGUGAAGUUCGGCGACCGUAUCCCCGCUGACAUCCGCAUCAUCGAGGCCCGCAACUUCAAGGUGGACAACUCGUCGCUUACCGGCGAGUCGGAGCCGCAAUCUCGCGGCGCCGAGUUCACCCAUGAGAAUCCACUGGAGACCAAGAAUCUGGCCUUCUUCUCCACCAACGCCGUCGAGGGCACUGCCAAGGGUGUGGUCAUCAGCUGUGGCGAUCACACUGUCAUGGGCCGCAUUGCUGGCCUCGCCUCCGGCCUGGACACUGGCGAGACACCCAUCGCCAAGGAGAUCCACCAUUUCAUCCACUUGAUUACCGGCGUGGCCGUGUUCCUGGGCGUCACCUUCUUCGUGAUUGCCUUCAUCCUCGGCUACCACUGGCUGGACGCCGUCAUCUUCCUUAUCGGCAUCAUUGUCGCCAACGUGCCCGAGGGCUUGCUGGCCACUGUCACUGUGUGCCUGACCCUCACCGCCAAGCGUAUGGCAUCGAAGAACUGCCUGGUGAAGAACCUUGAAGCCGUGGAGACCCUCGGCUCCACCUCGACCAUCUGCUCCGAUAAGACCGGCACCCUCACCCAGAACCGAAUGACAGUCGCUCACAUGUGGUUCGACAACCAGAUCAUCGAGGCCGACACCACCGAGGAUCAGUCGGGUGUUCAAUACGAUAGAACCAGCCCUGGAUUCAAGGCGCUCUCUCGCAUUGCCACUCUCUGUAACCGUGCCGAGUUCAAGGGAGGUCAGGAAGGUGUGCCAAUUCUCAAGAAGGAGGUCAGCGGAGACGCCUCCGAGGCGGCUCUGCUCAAGUGCAUGGAACUGGCUUUGGGUGAUGUGAUGAACAUUCGUAAGCGCAACAAGAAGAUUGCCGAGGUGCCGUUCAACUCCACCAACAAGUAUCAGGUGUCUAUCCACGAAACCGAGGACUCCAACGAUCCACGCUACCUACUCGUCAUGAAGGGUGCUCCCGAACGUAUCCUGGAACGCUGCUCGACCAUCUUCAUCAACGGCAAGGAGAAGGUGCUCGACGAGGAGAUGAAGGAGGCGUUCAACAAUGCCUACAUGGAACUGGGAGGCCUGGGCGAGCGUGUGCUUGGAUUCUGCGACUUUAUGCUGCCCUCCGAUAAGUAUCCCUCCGGCUACAAGUUCAACACCGACGACAUCAACUUCCCCAUCGACAACCUGCGCUUCGUCGGCCUCAUGUCCAUGAUUGAUCCCCCGCGUGCCGCUGUGCCCGAUGCCGUGGCCAAGUGCCGCUCUGCCGGUAUCAAGGUCAUCAUGGUUACCGGCGAUCACCCGAUCACUGCCAAGGCCAUCGCCAAGUCCGUCGGUAUCAUCUCUGAGGGCAACGAGACUGUCGAGGACAUUGCCCAGCGCCUGAACAUCCCCAUCUCCGAAGUGAACCCCCGCGAGGCCAAGGCCGCCGUCGUCCAUGGUGCCGAGCUGCGUGACGUUUCCAGCGAGCAGUUGGAUGAGAUCCUCCGCUACCACACCGAGAUCGUCUUCGCCCGUACCUCGCCCCAGCAGAAGCUGAUCAUCGUCGAGGGUUGCCAGCGUAUGGGAGCCAUUGUGGCUGUGACUGGAGAUGGUGUCAACGAUUCCCCUGCCCUGAAGAAGGCCGAUAUCGGUGUUGCCAUGGGUAUCGCCGGCUCUGACGUGUCCAAGCAGGCUGCCGACAUGAUUCUGCUGGACGACAACUUCGCCUCGAUCGUCACUGGUGUGGAGGAGGGUCGCCUGAUCUUCGAUAACCUGAAGAAGUCCAUUGCCUACACCCUGACCUCCAACAUUCCCGAAAUCUCGCCCUUCCUGGCCUUCAUCCUCUGCGACAUACCACUGCCACUGGGAACUGUGACGAUUCUGUGCAUCGAUUUGGGAACCGACAUGGUGCCGGCUAUUUCCCUAGCUUAUGAGACGGCUGAAUCCGAUAUUAUGAAACGCCAGCCGAGGAAUCCAUUCCAAGAUAAACUGGUCAACGAAAGGUUGAUUUCCAUGGCCUAUGGACAGAUCGGUAUGAUCCAGGCUGCCGCCGGUUUCUUCGUCUACUUCGUCAUCAUGGCUGAGAACGGCUUCUUGCCCAAGAAACUGUUUGGCAUUCGUAAGAUGUGGGACUCGAAGGCCGUCAACGAUCUAACUGACUCCUAUGGACAGGAAUGGACCUACCGCGACCGCAAGACCCUGGAGUACACCUGCCACACUGCCUUCUUUAUCUCGAUUGUGGUUGUGCAGUGGGCCGAUCUGAUCAUCUGUAAGACGCGCCGUAAUUCCAUCUUCCAGCAGGGCAUGCGUAACUGGGCUUUGAACUUUGGCCUUGUCUUUGAAACCGUGCUGGCCGCGUUCCUUUCGUACUGCCCGGGUAUGGAGAAGGGUCUGCGUAUGUACCCCCUGAAACUUGUCUGGUGGUUCCCGGCUAUUCCAUUUGCGCUGGCCAUCUUCAUCUAUGACGAGACCCGUCGUUUCUACUUGCGUCGCAACCCCGGCGGCUGGUUGGAGCAGGAGACAUACUAUUAAAUGCCCACUUCCACACAAACACACAACAAAGAGAACACAUACCCACACCUACACACACACACACACACACAAACAGCAAGAAACCUACAAAAAACCAUGCAGAGCAACAAAUAGUAAUGUUUAUGAACCACAAACUCCACAAAACCACAGUAAUAGCAACAGCAGCAGCAGCAGCAGCGGCAACAACAACAGCUACGGCUACGGCUACAGCAGAAAGCUACAGCAAGAACAUAUUACAAUAUAUUUUAUUUUUUUAAUUUAAUUAUUUAAAGUAAAACGAGGAGAAACAAAAUGCAAGCGAUAAUUAUUUUAAACGUUUAAGUAAAUUUAAAUUAUAAAUUAAAGCUAAAAAUAAGAUUUAAAUAAAGUAUAAAAUGAAAACAAAACAAAAGCGAACAAACAAUUUCGAAGAAACACCAACCACACAACCAGAGCAAAAAACCAGUAACUAAGCGAUUUAAAAGAAGAAACAAAAAAACAGAAAACAGAUAAACAUUAAUGACAAACAUGUUUUUAGUAAAAUUAUUAACGUAACGAAAUGGAUAAACAGAUUAUUUAAGCAAAAGCUUAUUGAAACAAUAAAUACCAGAAGAACAACAGCCCGAAGUGAGCAUUAAGUGCCGCAAAAAAAUACCAUAAGAAAGGUCACACACACACUUACACACACACCACCAAGACACACUAACACGCCUACACUCUCACACCAACACUCGCACAGGACACCCAGACACACCCACACUAGCACAGGCAGACACACCGAUACACAACGCAUGACGAGACAAAGUAUAUAAGAAGUUUAGAAAAAUUAUAAAACGAAGCGUAAAUAAAGAAAUUAAAACAAAACAAAAGGAAAGAAAAGAAAACAAUGAAAACCCUUAGCGUAGUUACCAAUUAAGCCGUGAAGAGUAAACCCCUAAUAAAAACCCAAGAACAAAAACAAAAACCGAAACAGAAAUUAAUUUGCAAACUUGUGUGUGAAAACGCAGCUUAGCGCAGAAGAACACGAACGACAAAAAAAAUUAAAAGAAAAGAGCAAAAACGAAAUAUAUAGAUAUAUAUAUAUAAACAGAUUAAAAAACAAAAAAAAACAUGAUAAAAAACCGAAGAAAUGGAAACCCAAACCAAGCGACACAAGGAAUAUAAUUGUUUAUAUAUAUACACACAUAUAUUAUAUGGAAAAUUUGAUUAUAUAAAUGGAGCUAUACAAUACACCAAAAAAAACAAAAAGAAAAGAAAAGAAUCCAAAAUCGAGCGAUCUGCGGCGCGUUGAAAUAGCAAUACACGGCCCUUCAAUUAGCCGGAUCCGGGUUCUGAUCGAUAUUUUGAGGAUACUCGUUGGGUUAAUUGGCCGCUGGUCUGCAGGAGAAUUUGUUAAAAACUAAAAAAACCAACUAAAUGUUUAUAAAUAAACCCCUUAAACCAAUUGACAUGCAAUAUUAUGCUUUGUGUGCAUUUAAGCCCGAAAAACCAAAAACAAAUGCAGAGAUACGGAGGGGUUAAGACCCCCGAGAUCGAUAUCGAUACCGUUACCGAUACCUAAGCCCAGAACAACUAAAAAUUAAAUGAAAAAAAAAAUACGAAAUAAAAAUUAAAACAAAAAAAAAA